AGUCAUGUGUAUGUGACCAUAAAAUUCUUCUGUAGUAAAACAUGCAUUCUUCAUUUUCAGCUUAGUUUGUGAUUUGAUUGUUUCUUGAUGAUGCAUUCCGAAGGUCUUAACCUUCUGAUUUGAGGAAAUUUGUUCUUCAACAAAGCUUCAAACAUAUUCUCGGAAAGGAAAUUUGACUCUGAAGAUAAACGAUAACCUGAUAGAAAAAGAAAACGAUUUGAAAACGAUUGUUUACAAAAUGACUACUAGAUGUCAACUUCUGCUAUUUGCGGUAUUGUUUCUGGCCCUGGUCCCAAAAUUGUUCGCUGGAACGUUACCCAUACUCUAUGCCAGAACUAUAUGUGCCGGGACUGGCGGUUCCACUUCUUUGGAGUGUGACGUCAGACGCGAUUACGCAAUCUAUGACGUCACAAUAGGAAGAAGCUUUGUAGGGGCGUGUGAUUGGGACGACACUACUCUUCUAGACUGUACUGUGCCGAGGAGUCAGAGUACGGAGUUGAUGAUGCAGGUGAACAAAGUGUACCAAAGAGCGCGUGACUGUUCGCUCGAUGGAUCAACUAGCUGUGACAUCACACUCGAAGCAGUGACUACUGAAUGUGGCAAUGAUGCCGCACCCCUCAUCCGCAUACGCUACUUCUGCUUCGACGCAAGCCUCAUUUCCGACAAUGGAGGUGAAAUAAAGAGAAUCGCUGGAUGUGGAGACAUCACACAAGAUGACCUAUUCGGUUGCCAGGAGAGUUUCAAUAAUCUCAACAUCCUCUUCGCCGAGUUCAACUACCUUGCAAUCAACUGCAGCGAUCGAAGCUCAGUUAGAUGUAAUCUGGACGCCAACAGCGGCGUGGACUGGCUUUAUUUACAAGAAGAUUGCUCUGACCAGCAGUCAUGUGACUUCAACUCACUUGCCCCCAGUAGCAAUGCUGACCUCUACGGAUGCACUGGCUUCCGACUGCGAGACGUCACAGACACCUCGUACGCUUACGAUUAUAUAUGUCAGCACCCGGGCAUGUUCGCGUUUCCAGAUGACUCGCGGCUACCAGUGGUUGAUACGUGUGUGGGGAUGUCGGAUGGACUCCAUGCUGUUGUGUUCUACGGGACGUUCGAAGAGAACGUUUGUUGGCAGAGGUACACAGACUGUUUGAAUGAGAAUAUUCAGACUAUGGAAGCGUGUCCAAUGGGCGAGGGUUUUGACGAGAGGACCAGGCAGUGCCAUAGUCUAGCCAGUAGAGAAUGUUCAGUUGCAGUUCCAGAAAUAUCUGCUGAGUCUCUUUCCGCGACUGAGAUUAACGUAUCUUGGACUGUAGACGAUGACCCAACUCGCUUCAUACUGACCAUCGAUGACCCUGAAUAUUCUACCUCGACCGACCUUUCAAACAUAGCACCGGACGUUUUCAGUUUCGUUUUUAGUUCUCUGGUUCCUAAUACAGAGUACACCUUUUCAGUUACCGCGGAAAAAGGUACGUUUAGAAGCUCGCCAGAUAAUGUGACACAAGUGACGUAUCCAGAAAAUCCGACUGGUUCUGCGAGUGACGUCAUGAUGACGUCAGCGGUUAUCAACUAUGAUUUCGAGGAGACUGCGUCGUUCGUCAUAAUUGAAGUCGGCGGUCAGAAAUAUACCAUAGCGCCAGAAGCCAAUGGUAAUCUGAGGUUCAUAAAUGUCACUAAUCUAUCAGGAGGUGUGAGAUAUAGCGCAAGUAUCUACCUUGAAGGAAUGACCGGGCUUCUGAGCCAGGAGCCGUUCAAUUUCACAUUUCUAACUGUGCCGAACCCACCGGAAAACUUGGCAGCCAAUCAGUUCACUGAAACUUCAAUCGAAUUCACUUGGGAUCAACCUGGAGCUUCUGAUAACUGGAUGGUGUAUAGAGACAACCAAGUAGAUGAAGCUGCUUCAACAACAGACCAAGAGUACAAUCUACAAAAUUUAGAGCCCGGGUUCCGGUACGAGUUCUUUGUGUACAACAUGGUCGAAGACGAGAGAAGUACUGAGAUCAGUUUAACGGAGUCCACAAUUCCUCAUCCUGUCGAUUUCACUUCUGUUUCAGCGGACCAUGAGUCUGUUGAUUUCUCAUGGCAACACAACGUCGGAAGAUCCGAUUCCUUCUUAGUCACGUGCUUCGACAGUGCCGGAGCAGUGGUUCAAGAUUUCCCUACUGAUCAACUAGAUGCUUCCAUAUCUGAUCUGAAUUGCGGAUCUAACUAUAGCUUGCAAAUAAUUGUGCAAUCAUACGACAAAACCAGCUCAGCGACAAACAUAACUUUCACAACUCGACCAGUUGCACCUGCAGACUUGCAAGUUGCUGAUUUUACAACUAGCACUAUUGACUUGAGUUGGAGUUUAUCAGAAUGUGCUGAUGAAUAUUAUGUCUACCAAACAUCGGAUAAGAGAAACGAUAAUCGAGACUACACUGUAAAUGGUACUAAUCAGGAAGUUAAGUAUGAGAAUCUAAUUCCAGGAGAUACUUAUAACUACUUAGUUAGAUCAGCAGUGACUGAUCACGACGGUAAUAUUUUGCUUAGUUUGGAUACCCCUAUCGCAGCGAAUGUCACCCAAACUCUGAUUCCUUUACCUCCUUCGGAUGUUUUGAUUGAGAGCUACACUUCGAAUUCUCUGGUCGCUACCUGGAAUCAACCAACAGGUGGAAUUUAUACCGGUUUCUAUGUUUCAACCAACGAUGCUUCCAGGCAAGAAGUAGAUGAGUUUGAGCUAGAGGAAACGGGUUUGGUGCCUGGAGCUAUGCAAGUUCUCGAAAUAAUGAGCUUCUCCGAAGGUUCGGACUCUUCUCAGAACUCGUCAGUGGUUACUGUAUCCCAGCGUCUGAAACCAAAUCCACCGAGGAAUUUUAUUGUGGAGAAUCGAGGAAACAAUAAUACCGAGGUUUCGUUUCUUCCUCCGAGUGAAGGCCAGUACACUAGUUUCAGCUUCGAAGCUGUAAGCUCGGACGGAACAGUUCUCGUCAACAAAACAAUUCUCGCAUCCGAUGAAACUAAGUUCAUCAAAACUCUUUCAACGUCAAUUUUUGGAGACCAAAUCAAUGUUAAGAUAUACACGUUUUCUGUCGAUGAAAGAAGUGAAACAGCCUUAGAAAGCGUGGUUAAUCUGCACCCGGCGGAUCCAGUAGGAUUUACUGUCACUGGAUUCUCUGAAACCGACUUGAGCGUAUCUUGGGAGCUGCCUCAAGGCCUCGUAGGCGGUUAUAAUCUGAUCUUGACUAAGCUCGAUGGUAGUUCGCCAGAAUUGACCCAGAGGAUCGAAGACGAAAAUACGCUUGAGUCCAGCUUUGCAGACCUAGUUCCGGGAAGUCAAUACCAACUAGAGCUUUGUGUUUACAGUCUUUUCGAUGAGUCUUUGAGCUCUUUGCAAUGCGACGUAAUUCAGCAGCUUCUGAUGCCCGUGCCGCCAAACAGUCUUGUAGUGAUACCAUUGGAUAAAAAUUCAGUGAAUUUCACGUGGAGCAUGGCGAUAGAUGAAGGAAGUUUCGACGGGUUUGAUGUUUUCAGCAGCAGCGGGUUUGUAAGUCCCACACAAACAACUUUUACUCAAAUUGGAGGCCUAAUUCCUGGAACGGACUACACCUUUUCAGUUCUAACUUAUGUUGCAAAUGCCACGAAUGUUAUCCGAAGUGAAAACCAGUCUGAGAUCGGUUGGCCGUACCCCGAUGACAUCGUCUUUGAGACAUUCAAACCAGUGUCUUCCCAAGAUGGCUCGGUCGAGGUCAAUCUGGACUGGACCUUGCCGGAAGGAGGCCAUUCUUCGUUUGUGUUCAAUUUAACAAGUAUUCCAUACGCAGAUGGAGUUGAACCUGCGACUGAAUCACUUCAAUUUACUACUCAGUCUCUAACUAGACGGUUUUCGGAGACUAUUUCUCAGAAUAACGUGGCAUGGUUCGUCCCUGGAAUGCACGUUUCGUACAGCGCAGUUGCUGUCUAUCGAGAUCUGCAAAGUCAGCAAAUUGCGACUGGCGAUUUUUACAUUCCGCCUUUAACACCAACACUUCGUUACGUCGAUGGAUCCCGCACGACGAACUCGGUCAAUCUAACCUGGAGCUUCGUCGAAUUCGAAAACGCUUUGAGUGAGCUUUUUAUAUUGCAGUUAGCUCAUUUCAGCGAGACAGAUCAGUUUCAAAACAAUUUACGGGAAGUUUCUACCGUCAAGUUUGCAGAAUUAGUCAAUAGCUUGAUGCCAGGCCAAAAGUACGAUUUCCGAAUUAGAAGUUCAGUCAAUGAAAGUCUAGUUGUAAGCGACUGGAGUAAUAUUGUGACCGAAGCAACGUUUCCUCUGCCUCCCAUAAAUUUACAAAUCGAGGACCUGGUUGUCACGUGGUCGCCGCCUGAGGGGAUUGUGGAGUCGUAUACCGUGAAAAUUUCGGACUCGGAAGGAAGCGAACUACCGGAACAGACAAUUGUUUCUUCUGAAAAUCUAGAGCUGGAUAUAAACAACUCUAAUGUAUACACUCCAGGACGAGCUUACACUUUCGAAAUAUAUUCGGUAAGCAACGAUUUGGCAAGUUCGAAUUCGUCUACAAUCGAGUAUACAUUCGUUCCUAGUAAUGUUGACUUCACUUCUGUAAGUGUUCUCUCCACAACGUCCUGUGAAUUAAUAUGGGGUGUACCAACAGGAGACGUUGACGGAUAUGUCCUAACGGUAACUCCAUUGACCAGCUCGGAUACAUACACUGAGAAAACUUUCAACAUAACUCGCUUGACGACACACGUGGUUAAUAAUUUAACUCAAGGAGCAGAAUACAGAUUCGAAAUUGUAGCCCGAUCGGGUGGAAAAUUGAGUGUAGUUCCUGGAGUCCUAACUGCUCAGAAGUCUCCUGAACUGGAAUCGAUCGCGAUACCCGACAAAGAUACCCAAAGUGUAGUAUGUUCCUGGACUCCAACUGGAGUAGUCACUUCCUACAAGGUCUCCAUUCUGGACAUAAAUGGCAAUGUUAUUGAGGAAAGGCAAGUUGAUCUACCAGUUGAUGAGCAACAGUUUACAGGACUAGAAGCGGGGCAGUUUUAUUCAUGUAGAGUAAUAGCUAUUUCGGGUACUCUCGAGAGCGCUCCUUUGACGGCUGAUUUUACAUUGUACCCUGUGGUACCGCAAGUGUCUAUCGCUUACUUCGGCACAACGGACCUUACGGCUAAUUGGUCUAUGCAGUCUGGCCUGUAUGAUGGAUUUGUUGUGGCAUUGGACGGGUGCAGGGAUUCUUUAUUGAUGGCGCCGGCGAGUAUGAUAACACUGGAAAGAACCUGGGACGGAUUGACCCCUGGAUCAGUGUGCAGAGUGAGAGUGUGGUCCCUCAGCAACGAGGUGCAAAGUGAGUCAUUCGGAGUGGCUUCUCACAGACUGUACCCUGCCACUCCUCUCUUCGGACAGUUCUCUGCCACCGAGACUACAGUGGUUCUCGUGUGGACACAGCAGGGCACUGCUUCCAGCUACUCACUCCGGGUCAACAGCUCUUCAGGUCAACCGCAAGUUGAAUCACUGGUCGGUUCCGAUAGAUCCUUCACAAUAGUGGGUCUCUCUUCUUCUGAAGAAUACAUGGUCACUCUAGACGCUUUCAGCUCCAACCUGAAAAACUUGGAGUCAGCUACAGCCAUCGUGAACACAUCACCUUCGCCUGUAGUCAAUCCUAUCAUCAUCCCUGUUUCGGAUACAGAACUGAAUAUUACGUGGAUCUACGUGUCGCCAAGUUCAAGAAUCAGAUUUGUAAUCACAAGACUCCCAACUAGUAACGAAACAGGCGUCUCGGAUCCAGGAGAAUCGACGCAAAUCGCUGCUACAGGAUUUUCAGAUUCGGGACUCCAACCUGGAACUGACUAUACUUAUGAAGUUGUAGUGAGCUACACUGGAAUCGAAAGCGAACCAGCGACUGCAACUGGUUACACGUAUCCAGCAGUUCCUUUCAACAUACUUACUGAGGAUCUGGCAAAUGAUCACGCAACACUUUUGUGGUCUGUCCAACCGAAUUAUGAGUCAUUUCGUGUAAAUGUCGAGGGCGAUGAUGAUAAUUAUGAAAUUGAAAAUUUGGAAAUAGACGAAAUGGUGCUGUUUUUGGAUAAUUUAGUGCCUGGUAACCAGUAUUCUGUCACGGUAGAAAGCAAAUACAAAGAUUUGUACAGUCAGGGUCUUGCUUCGUUUUCGUUUGAAACUGAUUGUUACCCUAUAAGGGACGAAACAGCAAAACCAUGGAAAAUAGCGUUCUGGUUGACAUUCGUCUACUCGGUUAUAAUCACAACUAUCUGUUUGUAUCUCGCCUAUCUGGUAUACAAAGGGGUUCCUCCAAGAGCGGAAGUGGUGAAACCGGCUAGAAGGUAUCUCAUUAGUGCUACUCCUUUGGACGGGACAAAAUGGCAACGAAAGUACGGAGAAUUCAGCAUACGACCUUAGAGCGCCGGAGAAAAAAUUGUUAGAUCGAAAAAGGCGAAGAAACUGUGAAAAAUAAGGAAACUAAAGACAGAAGGAACUCACUUUCAAUCAGUUAGGAACGAUGUGUCAUCAAAUAUUUUCUAUCUUUUCUCUCAUCAGGGCUUUAAACCGCUGUGAACAAAGUUCAAGCUACUUUUACUGCUUUGUCUAUAAUUGCCUAAAUUCGUUACUUACUAGAGUUCUAUUUUGACGCCAAAUCUUCGGCCACAUUUUGUAGUUUCUUUUCAAUGUGUGAUAUUGUAUUAGUUUAUUUGUUAGAUUUGAUAACUUAUCGUGGAAAUUUAUUUGCAUUAAAUGCUUUUUAACUGGAGUAUUGGUAUUUUAACAAAUAAUCACAA